AUGGACGACGACACGCAGGGUGCUAGGUUGAUGCUCACGCGCACCGUCUGCAGGAGCGGCGGGGCCAGGGCGCCCAUGCGAAGGUUUGUGGCCGACGCCACCAACGUGUUCCUCAAUAAGUGGGUGGCCGAGGAUGCCGUGGCGAUGGACGACAUCAGGGCGUGGCCGGACCAGGCCCCCGUCGCGCUGUCCGUGGUGGAGUUUUGGGAUGGAAAAGCGAUAGAGGAUCUGUGA